CAACAGUGAACACGGCUGCUCCAUCUUCCAGCACAAGGCAGGAAAUCUUCGUAUAAACAUGGCAUCCAUCCACAUCCAGGGCAGAGUGAACUGAAGCACCGGGCAGAGCUACAACGUGACGGAGUUUAAUCACCGGAGCGGCACAAAAAAGGGGGAUAGUGUCUGGUGGGAGGGGAGAUCGUGAGUGAGUGACUUUGUGGACAAGUCGAGGUAGUGACCUAGAUGUGUUUUUGGUUCUUUUGUUGACUGUCAGGGGCAAUCAAUAUUGGACCAGAUGUGAUGGGGAAGUUCUGAGCAGCAAAACAAAGAAGAAAAGUUGUGGACACCACAACUCGACACUUUUUUAAAAAAAAAAAAGUAUACUAAUGCCAUCUGGUUGUUUGGAUUGGUAGACAGACAAGCAUCAUAUGUCAGCUGCGCACAUGACACCGUGUAUUAUUACCCCAGGUGAACAGGUAUAGACUCUCACACAAGAGUUGAGUAUUUUUGCCGGACGCUCCGCGCUUGUUUUCCGCCUGACUGGUACAGCGAUGGCCUUGGAGUCAGUCAGCCACAGAGGUUCAUCAAGAAGCGCUCAUGAAAAAUAUCCGCGGGCAGCAUUGGAGCGCAACGGCUACGUGAGGACAUGUGUCAGCCCGUUGCACCAGGACGCAGGGAGCAGCCAGUCGUGGCAGAGAGUCGCCGUGACAUGGACUUGCCGAAGAGUGUCGUCUGCGCUCUGCGUUGCCUCCGUCCCCGUUAUUCUCGCUCUGCUGCUCAGAUUGGUCGACUGGGAUGCAGGCAGCAGCAGCAGCAGCAACAGCAGCAGCGGAAAUAGCAGCGGCUCCGACUCUCGUCUUCAUUUCGCAGCGGGCUGCGCUGUGGAGCUGCUGUUGACUGCGUGUCACUGCGUCCCGCCAGUUUUUACUCUCGUAUGUGCCUUCUUCUGGGUCGGACUGUAUCUGAUUCGCUGCGGGAUCCUCAUCCGCACCGCGUUUUUCCUCUUGGCGGUGUGCAACUUGGGCGAAACCGCAGCGCAGUCGCUCCUGCGCGGCGCCGAGGAGCAGCAGCUGCUCUCCCUCCCCGCAACCCUGGUAGUCCUCGGCUGCCUGGGCAGCGGGGCUCUGCUGGUCGUCCGGCCGAGCCAGGGAGUGUCGAUCCUGGUCCUCAUUAGUGUCAUCAGGUCCGUCUCCCUCGUCUCUCUGAGCAGAGUCCGGGCCAGCUGGAGACCCUACCUGGCCUACCUGCUGGGGCUGCUGGGGGUUUUACUUGCGCGGUAUGCUGACCGGCUCCUGCCGGCCUCAGGGAUCAGCGGGACGGGGUGCUGUGGCUCUGUGACCGGGGCGAAGGAGGAGGACAUCCCUGUCUUCAAAAGGAGACGGAGGUCCAGCUCCAUAGCGGCCUCGGAAAUGAUGGCUCUUGGUCACAACAACAGCAAGUCCCACCGCAGGACUUCGCUGCCGUGCAUUCCGCGGGACCAGAAAAUGUGCCAGCCAGAAUGGAACUACAAGAGAAUUCUGAGCAGAUUCCAGUCUUCGGGCACCAGCGUGGUGGUAGACAUCGCGGUGAUGGGCGAGGCCCAUGGUUUGAUCUCAGACCUGCUGGCGGACACGUCACUGCCACCCAACACCUGCACCUCCCUGAAAGCCGUCCACAACCUGCUCAGCACGCAGAUCAACCUCCAGCCUCUCCAUCGGCCUCGCGUCCCUGCAGACACACACACCUGCUCCGAUUCUGAGGAGGGACCUGAGAAGACAGACAGAGUGGCCAUCCCAAAGCGUAUAAGGCGGAGUCUGCCUCCAGGGUUGCUGAGGAGAAUUUCAUCAACAUGGACGACAACCACCUCAGCUACAGGCCUGCCCACCAUUGAACCAGGUCCUUUACGCCGAGACCGUACAGCCAGCAUCAAACACACCCCAGACAGUGAAUGCUGGAACAACUCAGUGAUGAUGACCAUCUCAAAGAGCCGCUCUAUGUCCGCCUCCUGUGCUGCCUCCGUCACCUUCAACCACCUCUACAGCAAACCACUGGGAAGACCAGGUUUCCCCCCUUCCAACGUUUCACCUCCAGGCUCUCCGUGCCCAUCGCCUCCAGUCCAGGGAACACCUGUCUCCAGUCCCACAGCAAAUACGUGUUCAGUGCAGAUUCCUGAGCCAGCGGGGCCACUAACAGAGCAGGCCCCUGUCUCUGUGGCCCCCAAGAAUCAUCACAGAGCCUUAACUCACAGCCAGAGCGCCCCAAGCUCCACCACGCCUCACUGGCAGCCUCCGUCACUCUGUGGCAGCUGUGGCAGGCCGUUCAACAACCGCCUAAAACUCGGAGUAGAGUCUGUUGACAAAGGAGACAGACUACCUCAUCCAGAUGAGCGCGUGGUGGCGUCGUCAGACUACGACAGCACCUACGACAGCACCUACGAGACCAACCACAGUGACAGCAGUGACUUUGCACAGAACGAAGAGGAGGGAGAAAGUGGCAAGAAGUUGUCUGAAGCCAGAGAAGGGAGCAGGGAGUAUCCAGCAGAGGGCGUGGUUCUCCAUCCGCUCCUGCCAUCACCAGAGGACAAGCCGCCGAUCUUGGCCCAAGACAAUACAGCGAUACCAGGGCUGGAGCCUCUGAUGAGUCAAGUCAACAACUGGAACUUUCCCAUUUUCAGUCUAGCGGAGAAAACUCACAGCAAGACAGGCUGCAUCCUCAGUCAGGUUUCUUAUAGGCUCUUUGAGGACACCGGUCUGUUUGGGAUCUUCAGGAUUCCAGUGCAGGAGUUCAUGAACUACUUCCAUGCUUUGGAGAACGGAUAUAGGGACAUCCCCUAUCACAAUCGGAUCCAUGCCACUGACGUGCUGCACGCUGUCUGGUUCCUCACCACUCAGCCUGUGCCAGGCCUGCCAACCCUGCUGACUGAGAACGGGAUACACACUGACACAGAGAACGGCAUUAGACGCGGUGCCACAGGCUUCUUGGUGUCCAAGUUGAACCCAGUGGAGGAAGAAGGCUAUGGCUUCCUGUGUGGCCUCAUCCCAGCCCUGGAGCUCAUGGCUCUGUAUGUAGCUGCUGCCAUGCACGACUACGACCAUCCUGGAAGGACGAAUGCCUUUUUAGUAGCUACCAGUGCACCACAGGCUCUCCUAUACAAUGAUCGAUCAGUCUUGGAAAACCAUCAUGCAGCUGCAGCUUGGAACCUCUUCAUGUCUCGGCCCGAGUACAACUUCCUCACAAACCUUGAACACGUGGAGUUCAAGCGCUUCCGCUUUCUGGUCAUCGAAGCCAUCCUGGCCACCGACCUCAAAAAGCACUUUGACUUCCUCACAGAGUUUAAUGCAAAGGUGGGCGAUGAAGGAGUGAAUGGAAUUGAUUGGACCAACGAGAACGACCGCUUGCUGGUGUGUCAGAUGUGCAUCAAGCUGGCUGAUGUCAACGGGCCGCUGAAGUGCAAGGAGCUGCACCUGCAGUGGACAGAAGGGAUCGUCAAUGAGUUCUACGAACAAGGUGAUGAAGAAGCAAGCCUGGGUCUUCCCAUCAGCCCAUUUAUGGACCGGUCCGCUCCGCAGCUCGCCAAACUCCAGGAGUCAUUCAUCACUCACAUAGUAGGACCCCUGUGCUCCUCCUACGACUCGGCUGCCCUCAUGCCGGGGCGCUGGGUUGAGCCGCCAGAGACACAGAUGAAGCCAGAAGAGUCAAAGGAAGAACAAGAUAUAGAGGAGGAAGAGGAGGAGGAAGAGGAAGGGGAAGAUACAGCAGACGAGGAUGUAUCAACAAGUUCUGACACCUCCCAGCAACAAGAAAACGAAAAGGUGAGACGGAGGAAAGUGUUUUGCCAGAUCAUGCAGCAUCUUUUGGAAAACCACGAGAUGUGGAAAAAAGUGAUUUCCGAGGAGGAGGAGGGGGUCCAGAAAGAUGACCCAAAGUGCAUCAGCAGCCCCACUGUUCCCAUCACAGCCAUUCACGAGGAGGAGGAGGAGCAAGCAAGCAAAGAGGAAGAGCUGACCGACGGCCUCGAUGAAAGGAAAGAGGUGCCGGCUCUCGAGGAAGAGGAAAUCCUACCACAAUUAGAGACUCCAGGAGAAAAAGAGCCAGAGUGAUAUUAUGGACUUUUGCCUCCUCUUAAACCAGGAAUCUGAACAUUGUCUAAAAAUGUUUGUUUCUUACGUAACUAUGACGAUAUGGUAGCCAGCACAUCACUUUGACACAACACUGUAGAAGAUGUUAUGGGUAAUAUGUGCCUAAAAAAAAAAAAACAGGGUUUGAGAACAGGCAUGGUGUAUGCCUGUCUGGUGCGUCUGACAAGAGCAAAGAUGUGAUUUGAGCAAAA